AUGACUGGAGAUCGGCUGCACGUCCUCAUCGUCGGCGGCGGCUUCGGCGGCCUCACAGCCGCCAUUGAAUGCCGCCGCCGGGGCAUGGACGUCACUGUCAUCGAGACGUACCCGACCAGCCUCGCCUACGGCGACAUCAUCGACUUCUUCCCCAACGGCGGGCGCAUCAUCGAGGCCUGGGAGGACGGCCGCGUCGGCCGCGCCCUCAUGCGCGUGUGCAUCAACCAGGGCGACCAGCUGCAGUACUGCAAGGCCGACGGGACCGUCAUCUGGGCCGAGGACUGGAUCCUCGAGCCGCACCACUUCUGGCGCCAGUACGGCGGCCACCGCGGCCAGAUGCACAAGGUCAUCCUCGAGUAUGCCGAGGAGCUCGGCGUCGAGUUCCGCUACGGCGACCGCGUGGUGCGGUACGUCGACGACGGCGCGAGGAAGCCGGGCGUCGUGACGGCCAGCGGUAGGGAGUAUAGUGCUGAUGUCGUCGUGGCCGCCGACGGGCCGCGCUCCGUCUCGCGGCAGCAGGUGCUCGGGCUCCCGGACACAAAGGUCAACAGCGGAUAUGCCAUCUUUCGCGCGCACUUUAACUUGACCGAGGAGCACCGUAAGAACCCGGCGCUAGAGAUCUUUUGCGAUCCCACGACGGACAUGACGAAGCUGUGGGUGGCCAAGGACCUGCACAUGAUCAUCUACACCUGGAACAAGGGCAAAGAUAUCGGCUGGGUUCUCACACACAAGGCAAGUCAGCCCAGGUCCAAAGACAAACCUUGUGCCGGUACCGCUACUAACAACCAUUUUCAGGACACGGAAGACAUUGGCGAGUCCUGGUCCUUUCCCGGGAAGAAGGCCGACGUGCUCGCCUGUCUGGCCGAAGGCGGCUUCGAGCAGCGCCUGUCCGAGGUCGUGCAGGCCACGCCCGACGCCAAGAUUGUCGACUACAAGCUCGUCUGGCGCGAUCCGCUCGCGACGUGGCUCAGCCCGUCGGCGCGCACCGUCGUCAUCGGCGACGCCGCGCACUGCCACCUGCCGACCUCGGCGCAGGGCGGCUCCCAGGCGAUGGAGGACGGGGUCGCGCUCGCCGUGUGCCUGCGGCGCGCCGCCGGGGACGUGCCGCUGGCGCUGCGCGUCAUGGAGCGCAUCCGCUUCAACCGCUCGCACGUCACGCAUAUGGCGUCCAUCACGGUCCGCGACGGCUACCACAACUUUGACUUUGACGGGGACGGUAUUCUUGAGAACCCGCAGGUGCUCAACCUGCCCAGGCCCGAGUGGGUCAUUGAGUAUGACAUUGAGAGGGAGUCGGAGGAGCACUUUGAGAAGCUGGCGGCAGAUGUCAGGGCGGGCAAGGAGGGAAGUAUACAGGAGCUGGCGCUGCCGGCCGGCGGUGACUACAAUGAGGAGAGCAGAAAGGUUGGCGCUACAAAGGUCGCUGUCGCUUGA